CAGUGGUAAGAACAAUGACAAGCUGAAAAUGCAACCGAUUUCAGUUGAUUGUAAUGUCACAGAGUACUGCGGAAGAGCCAGAGUAUCGGGCUUACGUGUUAGGAAAGGAAUCAGAGCUGCGAUUCGAAGUCGAGACAAAUGAGACUGUGCUUCUGCACAUCACAAAUGGCAAGGCGGAGAUAUUCGGGGCCGAACUGCUGCAGACGAUAGAGUACAAGUUUGAGGCAGGCAGUAAGAUAGCAGUGUUCACGUGGCACGGCUGUAAAUUGAAGAUAGCGGGCAAGACAGAAGGCGAGUAUGUUUCGAAGGACACACCUAUGGUGAUGUAUGUGAACACACACGCAGCCCUGGAACAGAUGCGAACUGCGGCAGAGGAGAACGGAUCCAGAGGCCCAAAAUCGAUGAUUUGUGGCCCUACAGACAGUGGAAAGACAACUCUAUGUCGCAUACUGUUAAACUAUGCUCUGCGAGUAGGGCAGAGACCAACUUUUGUUGAUCUGGACGUGGGGCAAGGUACCAUUUCUAUUCCCGGAACCCUUGGUGCUGUUGUGCCUGAAAAACCACUGGAUCCGGUGGGUGCUUUUAUAAACGAGAACCCAGUUGUUUACCAUUAUGGUCACGUGACACCAGAGGCAAACUCCAGGUACUAUGAGCAUAACAUCAGUCUCCUUGCAACUGUGUACCAUCUGCGCUGCUCCAAGAGCAAAAGGGCGGACGUUGGGGGACUGUUCAUCAAUACUUGUGGGUUUGUCAAGGGAGUCGGAUAUAGCUCAAUCCUCCACGCAGCCAAAGAAUUCGAAGUGGACGUCGUAAUAGUGCUGGAACAAGAGCGUCUCUACAACGAAUUGAAGAAGUCUUUGCCCGCUAAAACUAAAGUGGUACUUCUUCCCAAGUCAGGAGGAGUGGUAGAGCGGAGCAGUGGCUUCAGGAAAGAAAGUCGCGACAAACGAAUUCACGAAUACUUUUUCGGCAGUGGUUCUCAAAAUACUCUAAACCCUCACAGGAUGGAAGUGAGUUUCGACGAGGUGGAGGUGUUCAAGGUGGGAGCUCCUGUCCUGUCUAAUUCCUGUCUCCCAUUCGACGCAGAGCCAGAGGACUACGAGAAGAAGCUAGUGCCAGUGGAGGUCGGCCCAGAACUAGUGAACAAACUACUGUCUGUAAACCACGCUGAGUGUGAAAUGGACAUCAUAGAAACCAAUCUAGCGGGCUUCGUGGUCGUGCAGGAAGUGAAUAUGGAAAAACAGACCCUGUCCCUUCUCAGCCCCAAACCCUACCCUCUACCCAACAGUUAUCUCUUGGUCGGAGAUUUAGCUUUCAUGGUGCAACAAUAAACUCAAAAACUAUUUUUUUUCUUUACUUGUUUUGUUUCAUUUGAUGUCGAUUGCGUUUAAUUUAGAUUCCAACUAC